AUGAUUAAAGGGGUAUUAGAUGAUUAUGUCUCUCAGACGGGUCAACUUAUCAAUGAAGAUAAAUCUUCUACCUUUCUUUUGAAUGUUAAGGUGGCAGAGCAGAGAAAUAUAGAAAAAAUUCUCAGUUUCCAAGUCUCAGAUCUCCCUUCAAAGCAUUUGGGAUCCCCUAUGUUAGCAGGUGAAUGCAAAAUGAAUCAAUGGCAGGAGAUAAUUGACAAUAGUCGCAGGAAGAUUGGUGCUUGGAAAAAUAGGUGGCUAUCUCUAGCUGGAAAUAUGCAAUGGAUCAAAGUGGUUUUGGAAGUUGUCCCUAUAUACGUGGUGUCCUGCUUCAAAGUUACAAACAAGGCGGUUGGAGUAAUGGAGGGCAUCAUGAAAAAAAAAUUAUGGGUUGAAGCGAAGGAGGAGUCCAAGAAAAAUUUUCAUCUUAUCAGAUGGGAAAACAUUUGUCUAUCAAAAGAAAAUGAGGGAGAUGGGCUUCGAAAAAUGUUGAAAUAG